CCCAAGCCCUUUGAGGAAGUACCCAGAGGCCCAGGCUCGCUUACUAAGGCACCCCGCCUCCAGGAUCUCAGGACCUUGAGAAGCUAAGGAUGGCAGACACUCCCAGGACCACGUUUGGGGGCAGGAGAGCCGUCCCACCCAACAACUCCAAUGCAGCAGAAGACGACCUUCCCACGGAGGAGCUGCAGGGACUGGUGCCCCGGGGUUUCAACCUGCAAGACUACCUGAAUGUCACAUCCAUUCACCUGUUCAAGGAGAGAUGGGACAGCAACAAGAUUGAUCACCACACGGACAAGUAUGACAACAGCAAGCUGAUUGUCCGUCGAGGACAGUCUUUCUACGUCCAGAUUGACUUCAACCGGCCCUACAACCCCAGGAAGGAUCUCUUCCGAGUUGAAUAUGUCAUUGGCCGCUACCCGCAGGAGAACAAGGGGACCUACAUCCCAGUUCCUGUAGUAUCAGAGCUGCAAAGUGGAAAGUGGGGGGCCAAGGUUAUCAUGAAUGAGGACAGGUCUGUCCGCCUGUCUAUCCAGUCUUCCCCUGAAUGCAUUGUGGGGAAAUUUCGCAUGUAUGUUGCUGUCUGGACCCCCUAUGGCAUCCUCCGGACCCGCAGAAAUCCAGAGACAGACACGUACAUUCUCUUCAAUCCUUGGUGUGAAGAGGAUGCCGUGUAUCUAGACAACGAGAGGGAAAGAGAAGAAUACGUCCUGAAUGACAUCGGGGUGAUUUUUUAUGGAGACGUCAAUGACAUCAAGAGCAGAAGCUGGAGCUAUGGUCAGUUUGAAGAUGGCAUCCUUGAUGCUUGCCUAUAUGUGAUGGACAGAGCUGAAAUGGAUCUUUCUGGCAGAGGGAACCCCAUCAAAGUCAGCCGUGUUGGAUCUGCCAUGGUAAAUGCCAAAGAUGAUGAAGGCGUCCUUGUUGGCUCGUGGGAUAAUGUCUAUGCCUAUGGUGUUCCUCCAUCAGCCUGGACUGGAAGUAUUGACAUUCUGUUGGAAUAUAAGAGCUCUACAAAUCCAGUCCGCUACGGCCAGUGUUGGGUUUUUGCCGGUGUCUUUAACACAUUUUUGCGAUGCCUUGGAAUUCCAGCUCGAGUCGUUACCAAUUACUUCUCCGCCCAUGACAACGAUGCCAACUUGCAAAUGGACAUCUUCCUGGAAGAAGAUGGGAACGUGAGCUCCAAACUCACCAAGGACUCCGUGUGGAACUACCACUGUUGGAAUGAAGCUUGGAUGACGAGGCCAGACCUUCCCGUCGGAUUUGGAGGUUGGCAAGCCGUGGACAGCACCCCCCAGGAGAACAGUGACGGCAUGUACCGCUGCGGUCCGGCCUCCGUGCAAGCCGUCAAGCAUGGCCACGUGUGCUUUCAGUUUGAUGCCCCCUUUGUUUUCGCAGAGGUCAACAGUGAUCUUGUUUACAUUACAGCCAAGAAGGAUGGCACUCACGUGGUAGAAGCUGUGGAUUCCACCCACAUUGGGAAAUUAAUUGUGACCAAACAAAUUGGGGGAGAUGGCAUACAAGAUAUUACAGACACUUACAAAUUCCAGGAAGGCCAAGAAGAAGAGAGGCUGGCCCUUGAAACGGCCCUGAUGUAUGGAGCCAAGAAGGCCCUCAACACAGAAGGCAUUGUCAAAUCGAGGUCUGACGUGGACAUGAACUUUGAAGUGGAAAACGCUGUGCUGGGAAAAGACUUCACGGUCACCAUCACCUUCCAGAACAGUAGCACCAACCAUUACACCAUCUUGGCCUAUCUGUCAGGCAACAUCACCUUCUACACUGGGGUCUCCAAGGAAGAGUUCAAGAGGGAGGCAUUCAACGUGACCCUGGAGCCCUUGUCCUUCAAGAAGAAGGAGGUGCUGGUCAGAGCGGGCGAGUACAUGAGCCAGCUGCUAGAGCAGGCCUUCCUUCACUUCUUCGUCACGGCACGCAUCAGUGAGUCUGGGGACAUCCUGGCCAGGCAGAAGUCCACAGUGCUGACCAUCCCCAAGGUCAUCAUCAAGGUUCGAGGCACUGCCAUGGUUGGUUCUGAUAUAGUCGUGACCGUUGAGUUCACCAACCCGUUAAAGGAACCACUGCAAAACGUUUGGAUUCACCUGGAUGGUCCUGGAGUGACCAGACCCAAGAGGAAAAUGUUCCAUGAAAUCCAGCCCAACGCUACUGUGGAGUGGGAAGAAGUGUGCCGGCCCUGGGUCCCUGGCCCUCGGAAGUUGAUAGCCAGCAUGAGCAGUGACACCCUGAGACAUGUGUACGGCGAGCUGGACCUACAGAUUCAAAGACGACCCUCCGCGUAAAUGCCCAGGAGGCCGGGACGGCUCUGCGCUCUCCGCUUCUUGCAGUGCCGGCGAGAGAAAUGCAAACGCAGAAGUAGCCAGCUCUUGCUUUGCCUGGCGAACGAGGCUCAGGCAGGCCCCGCUCCGCCCCGCCCCGCUCCGGGAAUGCUCUGCAUUCCUAAGACAGGCUUCCUCAAGCCCAGGCUAGAGGACGAGGAAGUUAGUUUUAAAUCGCUCCAUUUUCCAAAGGAUUCUCAGCAUUAACUUUAAUUAUUAAGCUCUCAUGGCUCAUAAGAGUAGAAGUCAUAAUUUAUCAUUGCAAAUUGUCCAGCUCCAUGCACGAGAGGGCUUCCCUGAGCAGCGGCGUGUGCUCAGUAGCUGGCCUCAUUUAAGACUUCUGCUUCCCCACUCAGCCUUUUUGGGAUCACAUACUCCCCAGAAGGGAGGGAAACGAGUGGAUCCUUAGAAUGUUGUGUCAAUUUCUUGGAAUCAGGUCCUAGCCUCCAUGUUAGAAUUUUUUUUUUGUCCCUGGGAAAUUAAGCACAACAUCAUUUUUCUUCCUGGCAAAGCCAGAGAAAGGUCUUUUGUCUUGCACCUGCAGCCAAGCAACUGGCUGCCAACAGACAGAUUACCCUGUGAGAAGAUGUGGCCCCAUAUUAACAAAUUGCAUUUGUGGGAAACGUAAUCACCUAAGAGGAGCUAAGAGAGCAGGUGCAGUCCUCGGGUCUAUUAAAUAAUGAAGUUUUAUGAUGUAGUUUACAGGUGUCACACAGUGGCCUGAUGGGCAGGAGAAAAUAGCCCUUACUUUUUAACCCUUUGUGAGAAGCAGAACUAGAAAAUGGGGAGGCUGGUUUGGGACCAGAGGAACGAAGAGUUUCUCUCCUUAAUAGGUGAGAGCACUUCACCCGUCCCUGUGGGAUCAUCUUCUUUGCACAGUGACACAGGCCUGGGUUGAUUUUGUUCCUUUCAGAUAAAUAGAACUCGCUAGGGCAAUGGAAAGAUGCAUGUGGAAGGACAGGCGAGCCCUGAUUCCUGCUUUCCUUUUUAGUCCCCAUGCUGAGACCUCACCUCAACACUUGGGCACCUAAAGGUAACAUGGACUCGGCCUUGCAAACGGCAGUGCCAGUUCUCACCCAAGGACAGGGGCUGCCACGUCGUUUGCACAUGGCUCCAACACACAAGGCCACAGGGUCUUACUUACAAGGGAGACUGAGAGUCAGAAUUUCCCAUUGAAUUGCCUGGGGUGUGGUUUUACAAAGAUUAUGAUUCUUAGGAGGAAGAAAAAGACCUAUAGAAUGGAAAGAAAGUUGGGAUGGGGGGGGGGUGAGGUGUCAGAACAAAAUGCUCUGGUCUGUGUAGCUAUGUUCUUUGAGAGAGUCCCUAACUCCUCUACAGGUAUAUGACACAAAACUGCAUGAAGUCAUCACUUAGCAUUUGCCAAGCCUUUCAGUGUACACUUACAAAAUGGAAUGCAUUUUGCUAGACUGCUAAACUAGCUUAAAUUAGUGUAUUUUUAUUAGUGAAAUUGCAAUGGAUGCUUGAAAUAAAGUUACUCUGAUUACA